GCCUCCUGUCAUACGUCACACGGGAAAUCAUGGCUGUUGCCCUGCGCCGGUUACACCAUGUUUCCCUCCACGUUUCUAAUGGGCAGAAGAUAGCUUAUGACCUUGUCUCUAAAUACAAGUUUAAUUUAUUUGCUACCAGGCUAACUGCUUGCUCGAGGCAGGUGGCUUUCAGAAACGGAGCGGCGAUAUUUGUUGUGAAUGAAAAACCAAACCGUAGUGGACCGCUUGGUUUACCGGGGACCUGUGUAGACGACCCACGAGUCCAUGCUGGGAAAUACAACACCACGGCUGCUCUGUACGAUGUCUGUCCUCUCCACCCAGUGGAUUCUGUCAGCAACGUGUGCUUCGAGGUGGAGGAUGUGGAAAGGUCAGCGAGGGAUCUCCACCAUCUGGGCUGCAGCUUCCUAGUACCGCCUACAACGGUUGAGGACCAGAACGGGCUAGUCACCUACUCUGUGGUUAAAUCAGUUGUGGGAAACGUGUGCCAUACAUUAGUGGAUAAGACAAAAUAUGGGGGCGCCUUCCUGCCCGGAUUUGAUGUGACUGAACAGGACUGGAGCUCGGAAGAUUCUGAUUCUGUGACUCAUUUUGAUCACAUCACCUAUGCCUGUCCCAGGAAAUCAACCCAGCAGGUCAUGAGUUGGUAUGAGAAGAUGUUUGGCUUUAAGAGGUUUUUCAUUGAUAGGAAUGAAGAUGUGGAUGAAGGUUUCGUAGUCAACCAGAAAGGCGUUGGACUACGACUCACUGCCAUGCAGUACUGGAAGUGCAGUAAAGCUGGCAUCAGUGUUCCCUUUGCCGACCGAAAAGAGCCUGACUGCAAGUUUGUCAUUGCAGAGUCACUACCUCAUCAAGGUCGUAACCAGGUCGACACCUUCCUGGAGCACCAUAGAGCACCUGGGAUCCAGCACAUUGCACUGUACACCAACAACAUCGUCUCUACUGCAAACCUGAUGGCUGCUGCUGGUGUGCAGUUUUUCUCCCCUCCUCCUGCAUACUACACAGAGGUGGGAAAACAGCUGGAAAUAGAGGAAGUGGGACACGACCCUCAGGUUUUGGCCCAACAUGGAAUUCUCCUGGAUACUGACCUGCACACGGAUCCCUCAGCUCAGGAAGCGUCCAGGGAAAACAGAAGAUACCUUCUUCAGGUGUUCACCAAGCCUAUAUUUGCAGAAGACACCUUCUUCCUGGAGCUGAUAGAACGAAGAGGAGCGACGGGUUUUGGCGAGGGAAACAUCAAGGCGCUGUGGCGAUCCGUCCAGGCAUACAUGGAGAAUGAGCUAGGCAAAGAAACUUGUGAGACGAUUGACCAAAGGCGGGAUUCAAAAAGUGUGGGAUCAUCAGAAGCUUAGUAAAUGGAUGUGGACUGGAUUCUUCUUUAUUUUUCUUUACUAGAGUUUUAUUUAUUACAUCAACUCUCCAUUUAUGCCCAAAAACAUUGAUUUUCUGGACGGAAUGUUUUUUUUUUUGAACGUUUUUGUCCUCACUCAAACUAUCUGCACAACUAAUGUUGCAAUCAAACCUUGAAAUGUAACAAAAGAACUGCCCCUAAAGCUGCUAAUAACCAAAAUUCUUCUGUAUUUAAACACAUAAAACAACAAGAAAAGAAACAGUCCCUAAAAUAUAUUCCAACACUUGUUUUCUUUUACUCCGCAUAUGUGUGCAUCGGCAAAAAAACUAUUAAAAAUACUUCAAGUGGAGAUGUUUAAUACCGCAGUACACGGCACCUUAUGUAAAAGGUUUAAUGAAUUAUUUCAAAAAGUAUAUGCACUAAAAGCCCUGAUAAAUGUAUAUGGAUUUUAGAGUUUAUGUCCUGGAAAAUAAAAAAAAUAAAUUGUU